GCCAUAGAUGCAGCUAUCCCGCAGUGCACCCGAGGGUCUACCAUACACACAUCCCUUGGUUCUGCUGCCUGCCGUAGUAACCUGGCUGCUGACGGGCCAUGGGAUGGGAAAAGGCGGGGGAAUCCGUGCGAUCAGCCGUUUGACCCGUCAGCAGAUCGCAUUAGCUCUGACGGUACCGUGAUCUCCACAGGCAGCUCCUGAGUUCCCCAGUGGCAUUUGCGCGCGUCGUCUAGCUGAUCGGGCAACUCCAAGGCUCUAUCUUAGCUUUCCACUGCGGAUGUGCCUCCAGGUCAUCCACAAUCGGACGGAUUGCCUCAGUAUUCGCGUAUGCUCUCCGCCACGUGGACAUCUACACCAUUUCUACCACGAUUCCUACAUCUUACUCACACCUAGAAAUGUCUCGGUACAUACUCAUACAUAGUCUCCGCUCUCUUCUGACUCCAAUGAACGAUCCGCUUUCUUCUCGCCUGAUCGUCCGCAUGAGCCGAUUACCCCAGUAAUCUUGUUUCGCAAGGACCCCGUCUCUCUGCGCUAUCCCAUCUCGCAAUCUGUCUGCCCGUCUCUCGUCGCCAAGCAGCGUCGCCUGGGUUGUUGAGGGGUGAGCAACACGGACACGGCCCAUGGCGUCGGCAGCGCUGUCGUCCACGCUGUCGCGCGAGUCAGCUGACUCCUUCUGGGACGACGACGACGUGCCGGCGCAUCGAACGGAUCCCUACGACCCCGAAUCCACGCAUCUCGCGAGAUCUGCCGGACCAGACGGACGGUCAGGAUUAGCUGACAGCCCCGAUGGCGAGCUCGACUCCCUCAUGCCCGGGGGAGGCCUCCGCUCCGCCCACCUCGGCGCUGCACGCGCGGAAAACGGCCAGCGCGCGGACGACUACCUGCACGGCGCCGACGGGCGCUUGGGGCACGGCGGAGGCGGGGGGGAGUUUGGCGGGAGAGAAGCGGGGAAACGGCUGCGCGAGCGGGAGAUGGAGCGCGCGUUCCGCGGGUGGCCGUCGUGCUGGCAGAUCUGGGGCGAGAUCCUGGACCAGAUGGAGCUCGGCGCGCCUCUGUCCGCCGCCAACCUGCUCAGCUUCGCGCGCUUCCUCUUCUCCCUCGCGUUCCUCGGCCGCCGCAGCACCCUGCUGCUCGCCGCCGCCGCCGUUGCAAUCACCUUCACUAAUGUCACCGGCUUCUCGCUCCUGAUAGGGCUAGCGUCCGGGAUAGAGCCCUUGUGCGCCCAGGCGCAUGGGGCGCAGCAGCCGAAGACCAUGGGGCUGCUGCUGCGGCGCUCCUCCCUACUGCUCACCCUCGCUUCCAUCCCCAUUGCCAUCCUCUGGUUUAACUCCCAAGCGCUCCUCCUAGCCGCGGGGCAAGACGGUCCCUUAGUGUCUGAAGCCGCCACGUUUAUUCUCUGGCUCCUACCAGACCUGUUUCUCUCCGCGCUAGUCAACCCGCUCCGGAUCUUCCUAAGAGCGCAGGGCAUAGUGCGCCCGGUGCUGGUAGGGGCCGCGCUCUCACUCGCAGUGCAUGUACUAGCGACCUGGCUUCUCGUGGCAGGGCCUGUGAGGCUGGGCUGCGCUGGCGCGGCUGCUGCUGCGUCUAUCUCCGAUCUGUUCCUCUGGCUGCUGAUGCUGUUUUACCUGCACUGCUUCACAGACGUUCCCAGGAGGUGCGGCCUCCUUGUUCCUCUCUCCUUCUCUGCUACCCCUCUCACCCCAGCAGCAGCAGCAGCAGCAGCAGCAGCAGCAGCAGGAGUCAGCUCCCCCCGGUCCCCCCGCCCCUCCAUCUCCUCCACCUUCCCCAUCUCCCCCGCCUCCCCCGCCUCCCCUCUCUCCCCCACGCGCCACCUCUCCGCGCGCCCCUCCGUGCUGGCGCAAUGGGGCCCACUCAUCCGCAUGUCCCUCCCCGCGUGCGCCACCAUAUGCCUCGAGUGGUGGUGCUACGAGCUCUGCAUGCUGCUAUCCGGCCUCCUCCCAGACGCCACCACCUCAGUCGCCGCCCUUGCCAUACUCUUCAAUCUAGACUCCAUACUCUACUCGCUCACGGCAGGCCUGGCUGCCGCAGCAGGCACCAGAGCAGGGAACCUCCUAGGCUCGGCUUUCCCGAUCCUGGCGCGGAACGCGGCGCUAGUUGCUCUCGGCUGCUCUCUACUGCUCGGAGUCACCCAGCUAGCUGUGCUCUGGGCGGCCAGGGAGCCGCUAGGCCAUGUAUUCACGCAAGAUGCAGCAGUGUUGGAAGUUGUCACUGCGCUGCUGCCCAUUCUAGGACUCUUGGAGGUUUUCAACUCGGUGCAGACGGUUAUGACAGGGUUGCUGAGGGGUUGUGGCCGGCCGGAUGUGGGAAUGUAUGUGAAUCUGGGGGCGUUUUACGUGCUGGGCUUGCCUCUGGGCCUAGGCCUGUGCUUCCUAGCAGAUCUGGGGUUGCUGGGGCUCGUGCUGGGGCUGCUCGCUGCUGUGGUGACUUGUAGCUUUUUCACGGUGUCUGCUGUGCUAUCCACGGACUGGAAAGCAGAGGCGUCGAAAGCAACGGCCAGGAUUGGUCCUCUGCCUGUCGCGGCUAUUGCUGAUGUGUUGUCACCAAGGGGAGGGAUGGUGGGAGAAGGGAUGGCGACGCAUCGGAGGAAUAGGGUGGAGGAGGGGAUGUAUGGGGUGCGUGAGGAGGAGGAGGAAGGGGAGGAGAAGAAUGGGGCUGGUGAGAGGGAGCAGGAGAUGGCAGCACUGACGGGAUCGAGGCUUAAUAAAUUUGAUCAAGUCCUAUGAGUGGCAGGGGGAUGCAAGUACCACGCUUCACUUGUUGUGGGAGAAAAUAAGCCAAGCCGACCGUGUAAGGGUUGUGCUAGGGAGGGAACGAGAUGCACAUGUGGUUACGGUUACUGGAAACCAGAUUCCCUGGUUUGUGGCCUCUCAACUGCCGCCCCAUGUCGGUUCGACCACAAUCUAUAAUUUGUUACUCGGUGGUGAAUGGUGGUGUGGUGGUGACCCUGCUCCUGCAAUUUCGAAGCUGAUACGUACUGUACCGUACCGUACCACCAUUUUCAUGAACAAUUCAACUUUUAUGACAUAUAGCCGCAUCUUAGAACUGAAUAAUGAAUGACAAGAGAA